GGCGGACUGGUAGCCUUUCUCUCCUCCUCUCACUACCUCACAUCUUCUACCUCACCACUUUCCUCUUUCCUGUCUUUCCAAUAUUUUCUCAUCCUCUCACUCCUUUUCUUCUUUCUUAAAACCCGUCUUUCUCCUCCCUCUCCAAUCUCAUCUCCAUCUCCGCUUCUCGCCUCUUCUGCUUCCGGCUGGCUGGUUUUGCAGGAUGCCUUGUUCCAGGCCACUCCGCUAGGCCCCAGCAGCAUGGGCGCAGCCUGGGCAGGGAGAGAGAGCACGGAUCGGACCCUUCCCCUCAGGACGGGUGCGCUGGCGGGUCACCCUACCUCAGCUUCAGAUGGGCGAGGACGCUGAGAGCCCCAAAAUCAACCACACCUUCCUGCGAGACUACGUCACAGAAGCUGAUGUCAUCUCUACAGUGGAGUUCAACCAGACAGGGGACCUGCUGGCCACUGGGGAUAAAGGUGGCCGAGUGGUCAUCUUUCAGAGAGAGACAGAUUCUAAAGGGGAGUCCGAGGAGGUGGGGGAGACAGGGGACUCUGGGGAAUACAAUGUCUACAGCACGUUCCAGAGCCACGAGCCGGACUUUGACUACCUGAAGAGUCUGGAGAUUGAAGAGAAAAUCAACAAGAUCAGAUGGCUGCCACAGCAGAAUGCAGCACAUUUCCUCCUCUCCACCAAUGAUAAGACCAUUAAACUGUGGAAGGUGAGUGAGAGAGACAAGAGACCAGAGGGAUACAAUCUGAAAGAUGAGGAGGGACGGCUCAAGGACAUCUCCACCAUCACCUCUCUGCAGGUGCCGGUGCUGAGACCCACAGAUCUGAUGGUGGAGGUUCGUCCCAGACGUGUGUUCUCAAAUGGACAUACCUACCAUGUCAACUCCAUCUCAGUCAACAGCGACGGGGAGACCUACCUGUCUGCUGAUGACCUCCGCAUCAAUAUGUGGAACCUGGGCAUCACGGACCGCAGUUUCAAUAUUGUUGACAUCAAACCAGCCAACAUGGAGGAUCUGACGGAGGUGAUAACGGCAGCGGAGUUCCACCCCCACCACUGCCACCUGUUUGUGUACAGCAGCAGCAAGGGGACCCUGCGCCUCUGUGACAUGAGAUCUUCCGCUCUCUGUGACAGACACACCAAACUGUUCGAGGAACCUGAGGAUCCAGGGAGCCGGUCCUUCUUCUCUGAGAUUAUUUCCUCUGUGUCGGACGUCAAGUUCAGCCACAGUGGACGUUACCUGCUGACCAGAGACUACCUCACCGCCAAGGUGUGGGACCUGAACAUGGACAAGGGGCCUGUGGAAACGUACCAGGUCCAUGAAUACCUGAGGAGCAAGCUGUGUUCCCUCUAUGAAAACGACUGCAUCUUCGACAAGUUUGAGUGUGUUUGGAACAGCUCAGACAGCGUAAUCAUGACAGGGGCGUACAACAGCUUCUUCCGGAUGUUUGACAGGGAGACGGGGCGAGGCGUAACCCUGGAGGCUUGGCGAGAAAGUAGCAAACCUCGGGCAGUGCUGCGGACCAGACGUGUGUAUAGCGGCGGUAAGCGGCGCCGCGGAGAUGUCGGCGUUGAUAGCCUGGACUUUACCAAGAAAAUCCUGCACAUGGCUUGGCACCCAUCUGAGAACAUCAUUGCCAUAGCAGCCACCAAUAACCUGUACAUCUUCCAGGACCGUGUCAACCCUGAGACGCAGUUACAGUGACAGAGAUGGGAUUAUGGACAAUUACAGACACAAAGAAGUACAAACAGUGACCCAAAUAUAUUUGGAUGUCUUACUGACGACGUUGGAAGUGGACACCCUCUAUAAGAUGAUUAAGUAAAAAGAAAGCUGUUUCACAUCUGGAGAUGCAACAUCUGUUUGUGUUGCAAGGUCGGAAAAAUAAUAUAAUCACAAGACUGUUAGUGUAUUUGUUCAACACUGAGAUAAGUUGACAUCUCCAGAACCCAUCAGGACAUGUUUUUGUUUCCACUUCUCCCAUUUUUAGAUCUGCUCCACUGUAGGGGCACUAAAAGAGGUGCGGGGACACCUCUCCAUCUGUAAUGACUCCGUGCUGUUGACCACACAAUGUUGCACUCCUCACUGAUGUGCUCUGGUAUCUUUGGACACCAUAUAUAAAGUAGGAGAAUGGUAGUAACAGAGAGGGAAUGAGAUGACGGAUUCACAAUUAUUUUGCCAGAGUGAUUUUAUUAUACAGCUCUUCACAACAACAUCCUGAACCCCUUCUUUUCUCU